AUGGUCACUGAUGAAGGAGUUCUUGCCCUUCUCAAUCGCACAAAUAAUAUUGUUUGGUCAUCUAAUUCAUCGAGAAGAUCUGAAAAUCCAGUUGCACAGCUCUUGGACAACGGAAAUCUUGUUGUGAAAGAUGGAAAUGUUGAUGACCCAAACAAGUUUUUGUGGCGGAGUUUUGAUUAUCCUUGUGACACAUUUCUACCGGAAAUGAAGAUUGGGAGGAACUUUGUAACUGGUAUUGAUAGAAUUUUAUCAUCUUGGAAAAGCGCGGAAGAUCCUCCUCAAGGUCAGUUUUCAUUACGUAUAGAUCCCCAUAGGUUUCCACAGUUGGUUGUUUUGAACGGAACCAGAAUAAAGGCAAGAGCAGGGCCAUGGAAUGGACUUCAGUUUACGGGAUAUCCUUUCACAAGACACAAUUCAGGAGUUCAGGCUAAAUUUGUGUUGAAUGAGAACGAGGUCUAUUACGAGAUUACACUUGGGAAUAGUUCAGCUUUGACAAGACUUGUGGUAAACCCAUCAGGCAGUGGGCAACGCUUCAUCUGGGCAGAUCAGACACGAAGUUGGAAACUUUUCUUUACACCGACGGAGGCAGAUCAGUGUGAAAAUUAUGCCCUCUGUGGUGCAUUUUCCACCUGCAACCCCAGUAACUCCAAUGUAUGUGCGUGCUUAGAGGGAUUCAUACCAAAAUCUCGAAAAUAUAGUGUAAGAAAGGGGCACCCAUAG